CAGUCACAGAAGUUGACGCUGGUCCCGUCAGGCCGUUUUGGGAACGCGGCGCCCCGGAGCGGGACGAACGUGUCCAAUGCAGGCCGGGCGAGCCCUGACCCCGGGCCGGGCUGCCAACCCUCCAGGAUUGCCCGGGAGUCUCCAGGAAGGGAAGACCACCCCGCCAUUAAAAAUCAUGUCAUGGGAGGAAACCUCCAGGAAUGCCGCCAACCCGAGUUGGCAACCCGAGUCCCAGGGCAAGGGGACACCAGCAACGCGGGACUGGAUGAACACAGAAGCCGAUUCCUGCUGGGGCCUCUGCGCAGGGUUGAGUCGCGCUGCAGCUUGUUCAGCAGAGUGCCCCCUAGUGCUCGGUCCUGAAGUUUAUAGAAUAUCUUUUGUAUUUCCCAAUAAUGACAAAUAUGAUGGUGAGUGUAUAAGAACACCUGAUGGUGCUCUUGUGAGGCAUGGAGAUGGAGUUCAUACCACCCCUGAUGGAAUUACUUACACAGGAAACUGGAAAAAUGAUAAGAUGAAUGGCAGUGGAAGGCUUGAGCAUCCUUCAGGAGCAGUUUAUGAAGGCGAGUUCAAGGACAACAUGUUUCAUGGACUAGGAACCUAUUCAUUUCCAAAUGGAGCAAAGUACAUUGGAAAUUUCAAUGAAAACAAGCUGGAAGGGGAAGGAGAAUUUAUAGAUACACAAGGCCUGGAAUGGAGUGGCACAUUUCAUUACACAGCAGCACCAGGACUGAAGCUUAAGCUGGAAAUGUAGCUAUUUUGCACUAAAGGUAACAUGUAUUAAAUACUGUUCUUAUGCUGCAUUUUGACUUAAUAGUUGUAAGCAAGGUUUACAAUAGCAACUGAUGUCUGAACAUAUUUAU